AUUCCGGCGAGGGGCCAGAGCUUCUUCACUCGCGCUUCUCCGGCGUUCGCUCGCUCGCUCGCUCGCUCGCUCGCUUGCUUUGUGGGCUCUUCCGCGGCGCGCUCCGACCACGCUUCCGCCUCGUUCUCCUCAGCGACUCUCCUCCGGCGCGAUGAUGAACGGUUUCCGCGACAGCAGGAUCGAUGAGGGCACCUUCCUCUUCACCUCAGAGUCGGUGGGGGAGGGGCACCCAGGUGAGCGCCCUCGCGGGGGGGGGGGCGAAAGACCCGUCUGGGGAGGAGCAGGGGGGGCAGGCGGGCGGGCGGCCGCUCUCUCGCUGAUUGGCUGCCGUGCUGUGGCGCGCGCCCUCCGGCUGCCUGGCUGGCUCUCGGAGGCCCGUUUCGGCGGCUGAGGGAGGGGGCAGCGCCACGAGGGCGCGCGGGGGGGGGCUGGGGUCUCGGGCGCCGCUUCCAGGCUCCGCUCGGCCGCCCCGGACAGGAGCGGGAGGUUCCCCGCUGCCCCCCUGGAUUGCGGGGGGGGGCAGGGUAACAAAGGGAAAGUGCGCGAUGGCGGCAUGGGAGGGAGACGGUGAAAGCGGGCUCGGAGCGCGCGCUCCCGCUCGGUUUCGGGGACGCGCCCCGCAUUGCAGGCGACCACGUGGUGUCCGCAUGGCGCGAUCUUGGGAGGGACGGUGGAUGGUAGGAAGGGAGCAGCCCCUGAGAAAAGGGAUUUUGUGUGUGUGGAAAUGGAAGAAAGAAGCCGGAAGCGCAAAACUGCAGCGCGCGCGUGUAAAAACGGGGGUGGGGGAGACAAGGACCAAGCGCCUGCCUUUUACAUACAGAAGCAGGUGGGCUUUCAUGUAAGUACGCACAAUCACGUAUCUGUCUACGUUACACAGAGUCAAAAAGCAAUUCAAAACUACACAGAGCGGAAAACUUCGUUGUCGGCUCAAAACGGUCUGGAUGCCCAACGACGCUGGAGGAGGAGGAGGAGACUUGCGCUCUCAUUGUCCUUCUCCGCCAUGAUCGCUGGGCAGAGCCUGCAGCAGGCAUAGAGGGAGGGCGGGAGUUGGAGAAGGCUGCCCCCGAUCUUGGUGGCUGGGCAUAUGCGCUUUUUUGUACUAUUCUAAAGAUAGCCUUUGCCAGGAGGCUGCAUGGGAACAAGGACUCUUUGAUGCAGGGGAAUUCAGCUUUGGCCAUUUCCUUUGCUGCAGGAAAGUGGGGGAGGUGCUGCAGGAAACGCCUGUUUCUGCCAUGUGGUGAUUGAACCCAUGUGGCUCCAUUGAAGAAUAGCACCUUGUAGUGUUUUCAGUUGGGGGGACGACUGCUGGAUAUCCGGCUUCUUUUUGCCUGAGUAGUAUGCAGAGAACAGGGCAGAAAAGCAUCGCUGGUGCUUUUAUUCUGUUUUCCAAGACACAGUGAAUGACAUCUGUUCUUCUGACUUUGAAAUCCACAAUUCUAAGUGCCUGUUCUUUAUACUUGCUAGACCUUUGUUCCCUCUGUAACUCAGUCCCCUAGGGAGCUAUUUUAGUUUCUUGUUUAGAAAUUGCCCACUAUUUUUAUGUGUUUAAAUUUCUGUAAAAUAUUCUGAUUUGGGCUUUCUGACUAUGUUCAAGUUCUUUAUACUGCGAAACUGGUCAAAUGAGUAUGUCAUGCAACUGAACUUUAUGUAGAUUAGGCAUUUGUAUUGGCGACUUAGUACCUCUUGAUAGAAUAAACACUUUAAGCGCAACAUCCACCUUUGGCACGACUGCUAAAUCUGUGCUGUUAGAGCUUCUUCGUUUCUGGCUUAGGUGGAACUCCAAGCUGGAGGUCUAUUUUAUAAUACUGUAAAAUGUUCAUUUAGUACUAGUGGUGUGUGCAGCUGUGUAUCUUCUGUCUCAGACUUAGCCAUAUUUAGGAAUCCUGUGCUGGUGGUAAUUUAUCCUCACUGCCAUCUUGUUCUCUCUGGAUUAGAUAUAGGAUGACACUAGUCUGCAUUUAUAGCCUGCAGCCUUGUGUGCAGACAAUGCUUAUGGCAGUAACCAGUUAUACACAUUAAACAAAUUGAUGGCUUUUGAAGUAUGCCUUAGAAUUUCUGUUAAAUAUUUCUCUUAAAUAAAGGCUUCAUGUGUCUAGACCACUAGCUGAAGUGGUGGUGGGGGGGAGCCUUAUCUGGGGCACGUUGAGGCCUCAGAGGUAACGAGAUGGCUAAAUCCUGACCAUUGAAUGAAAUGGUAGAUCACAUCUGAAGAAUGACUGUUAAGGACUAUGUGUCAGGCUGUGUUGAUCACUGAAGCAUACAUAAGGGGUUGUAAAGCAUUUUGGCAUUCCAGACUUGAGUGCUCUAUAAUAAAUUUCAUUGCAGUGUGGGUUGACUUUGCUGGUUGAAAGCAGUUCCAAUUUCAAAAUGGCAAGUACAGUCGUACCUUGGAAGUUAAAUGGAAUCCGUUCCGGAAGUUUGACUUCCAAAACGUUUGGAAACCAAAGUGCAGCUUCUGAUUGGCUGACUUGGAUGUUCGAGUUCCAAAGAAUGUUCGCAAACUGGAACACUCACUUCCGGGUUUGCUGCAUUCAGAAGCCAAAACGUCCGAGUACCAAGGCAUUUGGGAUCUCAGGUACAACUGUAGGAUUAGAUUAUGUAAAGUUUUACAGAAUUGAGUGGGUGUUUUGUAACCAGGUCCUUUCAUUCUGCUUAUAGAAACUGAGUCAUCAAUGCAGUAUUGGAGCGAUUGAAUCUUAAUGCCAAGAUGCAUGGUUGGGUGUGAGGCAUUAUUUGUAAAGGGCAAAUAUAAGGGCAGCAGAAUAAAAGGUAACAUGUAUACCUUGAAGGUGCAAACUGUGCUUGGAUGCACAGCAUUAAAAUUCCAUCUCAAACAGUGCAGUUUCCAUGUGGAAACCAGUGGGUAGGAAAUACAGAGAGCUGCAAGGUUUAGUCAACCAAAACUAGCUUGAGAACUGCGGGACACCUGUGCAAUUCUGAGGAUAAUUUUGUUUGUGUGUCUAGAGGGAAUGAGGAAAGCUUGAACUUGUGCUAUCAAGCAUUGGCAAGUUUUGCUUAAUUAUAAUUUUCCCCACUUCAUUCAUUGGUGCCUAAUUACUUCCCACGGUUUCUGCUGAACCAUUAAUUGUGAAUGCUAGGUCUUUUUGUUGUAUUGUUGGUAUAAGUCAUUAAUGUCAAAACUAGCAGUUGCAACAGGUCAGCAGGAACCAGUGGCUGUUCCUAAACCAAGGUCUCCUAUAAAGUCCGCUAUCCAUGUCUGUUACCAGAAAACAAGCAGAUCAAGCUUUCCUGGGAAGGGAGUUCCAUAUUGACACAAACAGCUGUUCUUUAAUUGGUUGAUGAUACCAGGAAAAAAGUGGUAAAAGGCUCAAACCUGCAUGGGUGUUGGCUGAAUACUUUUUAACAUGUGAAAUAGUGGCAACCUUGAGGUCUGAAAAGUAAUGGAAGCUGUUUCUGAUUUUAGAUAAGAUCUGUGACCAAAUUAGUGAUGCUGUCCUUGAUGCACAUCUUAAACAAGAUCCGGAUGCCAAAGUAGCAUGUGGUAAGUUCCCUUGAUCAUUAUGGGAAGAAAUGGAAUCUAUUGGGAGUGUGGUCAAAGAACUGCAACUCCUCUGUACUUUGAGUUGUACUCUGUACAGUUCUGGUUCUGUAUUAUUUUGCAGAAACUGCUGCAAAGACAGGAAUGAUCCUUCUGGCUGGGGAGAUCACGUCUAGAGCUGCGGUUGACUAUCAGAAAAUUGUUCGUGAAACAAUAAAGCACAUUGGCUAUGAUGAUUCCUCAAAAGGUAAGCAGAUUGGAUUGCUUCUGGCCGUUUUAAUUUUGAAUAGAAAUGUUGAGUGUUAAUAAGAUUGGGACUUACAAGCAUUAUGUAUGUGUCCUAGGUUUUGACUACAAGACAUGCAAUGUAUUGGUUGCCCUGGAGCAGCAGUCCCCUGAUAUUGCUCAGGGAGUUCAUCUUGACAGAAAGGAAGAAGACAUUGGUGCUGGGGAUCAGGUCAGUGUUAUAAGAGGCUGCGGAUUACUCAAAAUUUGUUUGUGGUGUACAUUCUUAAAACUUCACCUUAGGAAGCUGAAAUUCAUAUCUUGGUUUGGUUACAAAAAUAGGGCUUGAUGUUUGGCUAUGCUACGGAUGAGACGGAAGAGUGCAUGCCCCUGACUCUUCUCCUUGCACACCAGCUGAACGCCAAACUGGCAGAGCUUCGUCGUAACCAUACCUUGCCCUGGCUACGACCAGAUUCUAAAACUCAGGUAAAUGUUGUCUUUAACUUGCGUUGUCUUAACAUUGAAAGGUCUUGAAAAUGGAAACCAUAGUCAAUCUUCUAUUAAGGCCUUUUAAACUACAAUCAAAGUGUAUGAAGCACUUGGACAUGAAAUAAUGCAAAAAUUAUGUUUUCCUUGAUUCCCUUUUAGGUGACUGUGCAGUACAGACAAGACCGUGGUGCAGUCAUCCCUAUUAGAGUCCAUACAAUUGUUAUUUCUGUUCAACAUGAUGAUAAAAUUGGGCUGGAUGAGAUGAGGGAUGCCCUGAAAGAGAAAGUGGUCAGAACUGUUGUACCUGCAAAAUACCUGGAUGAUGAUACUGUCUACCACCUGCAGCCUAGUGGCCGUUUUGUAAUUGGUGGCCCCCAGGUAUGAUGAAGGUUGGAUUCUUGUCCCUUGCCUAAUCUGUACAAUUGAUGGUACCUUAUUGGAAGAUCUCAGCUACAGUGUUACAGUUCAGAAGCAUCAUGCUUUUAUGAUAAAUCAAAUGCCUUUGCUCCAUAUGCCAUCUAGAGUUCUAGUGUCUAGAAACACAGCACAGUUCUCCUUCUGGUAGCUUUGCCUUGCUAUAGAGUAGGGGUGGAGAGCCUCUGAACUGCCACAUGUUAUUGGACUAAAACUUCCUCCCCUGAUCAUGGGCCACCUUGGCUGGGGGCUGAUGCGAGUUUACAAUCUGGAGAGCUACAGGUUCCUCAUUCCAGUCCUAUAGACAGGUGGUGUUGUGUCCAGUCAGAUGAGAUGGACUCUGCAGGAAGGUUGGCAAAUAAAUAAUGAACAAAAUUGCCAAUUUCAGGGAGAUGCUGGCUUGACUGGCCGGAAGAUCAUUGUUGAUACCUAUGGUGGCUGGGGAGCUCAUGGAGGUGGUGCUUUCUCUGGUAAAGACUACACAAAAGUUGACCGUUCAGCAUCUUACGCUGCUCGCUGGGUUGCAAAAUCCCUUGUGAAGUCUGGUCUCUGUCGGAGAGUGCUUGUUCAGGUAUGUUCAGUCUGUUGUUUCUGGGCAAUGAGAUGCAUUUUCCCAAGAUUUGCAACAUUAGUGUUUUCUUCAAAUGAGUAUUUGGGGUUUAAGAUGUUACUUUGAUAGUAUAGUUGCACAAUUUAUUAGAAGCUGGGAAGUGUGUACAGUUGGCACUUUCAUGAUUUUUAGGCAGCUGCAAUGCAGCAGAUGUAAAUCAGGUCUGGUAAUGCUCAGCUGUAGAACAGCUGCUUCUGAAAAAUGCAGUCCUUGUAUUAAUACACCCAGCACCCCCAUGAUUCUUGCACCUGUAAUCAAUGCCACAGUAAAUCUGAAAUGCUGCCUUGCAGUGGCCAUUGCAAUCCUUGCCAGGUUUCUUAGACUAGACUUAGGCCAUGGUUGCUGGGGCUCAUGGGCAUCCCAGCAGCAUUUGGAGGAUGCCACAUUUCCAACUCCUGUUCUGGCAAGAGUUACUUGGGUGCCAUGCAGUAUUGGCCAACUUGAUGUGUGGCUGUGCUGUUACGUGUCUUUUCAAAGCACAGUAGGGAAGGUAAGUUGGAUGAAAUAAGCAUUCAGAAUUCAUUAUGGAGGUACAACUUAAGGAUUAGUAGUAAAAACAACUGGCCAGGGAGUGUGGGUUGAAAGGAAAGUUGAGAGGGAAAUACUGGAAUAAUGGUGUGUGAAGAGAAAUGGGAUACCCUACAAAGUAGCUGAAACCACACAUUUUAAUGCUUUUGGUUUAUAUUAACUUUGCUCUUAGGUUUCCUAUGCCAUUGGAGUGGCCCACCCACUGUCAGUCUCCAUUUUUCAUUACGGCACCUCCCAAAAGACUGAGCAUGAGCUGCUAGAUAUUGUGAAGAAGAACUUUGACCUCCGCCCAGGGGUUAUUGUCAGGUAAAACAUGGUGGUGCAUGCAUGUAAUAUUCAGACAGAUAAAAAAGAGGUAAUAAGGAUGGGACUAGGCAUAAACAAGGCAUUACCAUUUGGCAGUCUGCCCUAAAUGUACAUGAUGUUGCACAAUCUCCUACCAUAGACACUUGUCAAAACACCUAGUCUCCUGGAGAGUGGUGGAGACAGUUCCCCAGCACCGCUGUAGAGGAGCUUUGGGGUGGUUCAUUUUUCUAGAGAUAAAACAAAGUAGUGCUUGCUCUUUAAUAUGUAGUAGUUAAAACAGAAUGGUGUGCUAGUCUGUGCCUCUUUGUCACUGUAUAGUAAGGCAAAUUAGAGUUUAUGAUGUGACAUGCCAGGGGAAGGCACAGAAAAUGAGAAAUAUCUUAGAAUAGCACAUUUUGGGGCAAAGGUGGCUGAUAACAAAGUAGCUUGUUGCUGUCUGGCCAUGAUCCCCAGCCAGUUUGGAGUUGCACCAUUGGCAUACAUACCCAAGAUUGAAAAGCUAUUCUCUUUUAAUGCAGCAAGUGGUGUAUAGAUACAGUAAUAUUAAAUCCACCCUUGCAAAUUGGCACAGCCCUUGUGGCUCUUGCACUGAUUUGGAAAGUAUGGAUAGUGCAGGGAUAUGAUGAUUUCUGUGAGUUAUUACAGACUCCUCUUGGGCACUUCAGUUAUGUGCUUUUGAGUAUUAAAGCUCAUUUUCCAGAGAUCUUCUGGGUAUUUUGGCCCAUCCACUGACGCCCAAGGCCAGCUAUGUUGUACUGUCCUGGAAUCAAAGUGUGAAGUUGUGGGUGCUUAGCUCUGCAAACGUGGGUGUUCCGAGUGGUGCUGCUGCCUACACUGACUAACUGCUUCUAAAAGCUCCAAGCUGGAAGUAGGCAGGUUUGGUUGUAAUAUGAGCUGAUUAUUCAGAUAGGGAGUACCAUUCCCAGUGGAGAAACUUGUGGUGAUCUACAGUUGGAUGUAGCCACUCAUAAUGGAGGGUAAGUAUUCUGUAAUGUCAGUUGAGCUCAGGGGCUUAGUUUCCUUGGGAUGUAUUUGCAUUGGCACCCAGAAUUGGGAGCAAAUGGGUCCCAUCUACUUCCUGUGUACAAAGUAGCCGUUGGUCCAUGUCUUGGGACUACAGCAUUGAACAUCAAGUGGCCCCUUCAGUGUAGCUGGUUUUUGCUUUGCUUGAUAAAUGCCUUGUAUUGAGUUACGGACUUGUAUAUUCCAGGGAUCUGGAUCUGAAGAGGCCUAUUUAUCAGAAGACUGCAGCCUAUGGCCACUUUGGUAGGGACAACUUCCCAUGGGAAGUGCCCAAAAAGCUUAAAUACUGAAUAUGUUGGGCUUCUUUCCCCAGACCUGUUGGUGUGCAUUACAGAGAAACCUCCAGGCUUUUCUGUGGGAAAGAGCCCCAUUCCCUAAACUGGUCCUGUCCUCUGCUCUUAAUUUGGCACAUUCUGUCCAUUGCCAUGAAUAUUAGUCCUCCGGGGACCGCAAUUGCACUGUGCUUUCUCCUCUUCCUGGUGUGCUUGACGUAUGUGUAGAGCCAGUUGAGCAUAGGCGCUAUAUGUAAAACAGAAGAACAGGCUGUAGUCAAAACAGUGCUUCAGUCUAAUCCUUUGUGUUGCCCAAAGGCUAACGAGAAUUUCCUUUCAACAAUGAGUAAGAUGCCUCUCUCCUAAUGUGCACUGCGUGGUUUCACAUAGUCUCUGUCCAGAUAUCUAGAGCAGGAUGGUGCAAUGAUUGGACCCCCCCCCCCCGAUCUCUUGUGAGUGAGUCAUCGCCGCCUUAGCAGAUGGCCCUGCAUGCUCCGCAAGUUCCAUUUUGGAACUCGAGUCUUGUGUGGUUUUUUAAUUGAGGCAAUUUUGGUCCCACAACUCAUGGUAUUAUUCUCUUAAAAUCAGUCAGCACCAUACCUUAAUCAUUUUCUGCUCUUAUCUUCUUGGGGGAUGUACGUAAUAAAGGUGUUUUUUUUAUAAAAAAAAUCCUAUGCACAGUUUUAGCACUAGCCAAACCUCACCGUCUUUUAUUAAGCGGGCCCUUGGCCAGCCUUGUGAUGUACUGCAGAGAAGUCACAGGGUUGUGCCUGAGGUCUGUAGGCUGCAUACUUUUGGCACCUGGAAUUUUUUUCUUUAGAAGAGCCAAGAAUUUCAUGUUGCACAAAACUCCCAGGGUUUAUUUUCAAAGCCAGGUCCAAACUGCAUUCUGAAGUACUGGCGUAGCUACAGAGAAGCCAGUUCCCUUCAGAGUGUAAGUACAUUUGGAAAGGACGUGGGGGAAAACCCUACAUACUUGAAAUUUUUUUAUACUUGCUUAUUUAUUGUGUUUGGGAUAGGGUGUGAGUACAGAGAAGCCCUGGUCUCAAAUGGCAGCUUUUUAACUUUAUUUUGACACCAUAAAUUCCUUGACAGUACCCAGCAUUCCCUGAUAGGCCAAGGUGUCCUACAGAAAAGCCUUGGGUCACAACCUGCAGGGGGUCUGGCUUGUGUAAAACAGGGGAGGGCAGUGCUCAGGAUAACUGGCCUUGGGAGAGGCUGACUUGGCUGGUGUUGUACAGAGAAACCAGCUUGUUUACCUGCCCAUUCCAUGGCAAGUGUCCUAAGCAGGAAGUGCCUUUUGCGUUCCAAUUUUUUUUCUGGGCGUUUAUUACGUAUGUCUGGUUCAAUUCCAAGUUGAUUUUAAAGUUCUUAAUAAAGUGCUAGGUUCUAUCUUACUGUGUUGUGUGUCUCUGGUUUGAAUGUCAAGGUUGGAGGUGUACUAAAUCAGGAAUAAGAGGCUCUUGCUAUAACUGGCAUUGUAUACAGAAGAGGGGAAACAAAAGUUGAGCAGGAUGAAGUUACUUGCGUUUUGGAAGUUUCUUGAAUGCACACCAUUCUUUAUGAAGUCAUGCCUGAGUUGGAGCUUGAUGCCAAUGCAUUUACUUCGCUACCUGUGUUGGGAUUAUUUUAAUACUUGACUGAAUCCACACCUGCAGAAUGCACACUGUGCUGUUGUCAACUUGUGCAAAAUUGGUUAUGCAGGUGGCAGCUUAAAACAGCUGUGCAAGCAGCAAACAUAUAAAAACUAUGGACAAGUAGUUAUGGACAUAGAUCACCUGGAGCUGUAAGGGGAAGGAACUAAGCUUCAUAUGCUGCCGGUAGCACCACCACCAUUGUGGCAGCAAACUACAGUGGUGCCUCUGGUUACGUACUUAAUUCGUUCCAGAGGUCCGUUCUUAACCUGAAGCACCACUUCACCUAAUGGGGCUUCCUGCUGCUGCCACAACGCCACUGUGCGAUUUCUGUUCUCAUCCUGAAGCGAAGUUCGUAACUCGUACUAUUUCUGAGUUAGCGGAGUCAUAACCUGAAGUGUAUGUAACCCGAGGUACCACUUACAGAGAAAGUAAUGAAGGUGAGAAGAAAAAAGGGUGUAUGAACAUACCACUUGAUGUUGCAGGUACUAACCAACUUCUCAGAUACCACCCACUUCGCUGGCCUAUUUUGAGUGUUUGAAAUGUUUCUAUUCCAUUCAUAUUUUUUGAGCAGGUUGAUUUGCUGAAUAUGGCACCAUCCUGCAUAUGGUGGGGUGUGCUGUCUAGCUGCUACUUUAUUGAGCUCACUGAUGCUGCUCUCCAGAUAGCCAGAAACUUUCUCGGAUUCAAGUUUUCUUGCAUUGUACAGCUUAUUCCCUCCUGCGAACCUGGUGCAAUAAGGGUGAACAUUCUGUGGUGCAUUUGGGUUGAAUAUUCAGCUCACUGCCCAAGCCCACUGGUUCUGUAACUGACUGGAGAGCACAUGUAGAUCUUUGCCAGUGUUCUGCAUUGCAGGAAGAUGGUUGAGAUCCCUGGCUGUUGCUGUCCUGCUCUAUUUGGCCCAAAUUCAUUUCUUUUGUCAGCAGUUAAUGGGCUUCUACCUCUGCAGGCAGGUUCAGAUUUGAGCAGGAACAGUUGCCUGCUGUGUCUCCUUUGUUGCUGUAAGGCAUCAUUCAGCCCCACCUUCCUGUCAUCUUAGAUCUAGGGGUCCCCUCCAGGCACAAGUGGAACAUUUGUAGUAUAAAACAUUCCAUUAGGAAGCUUCAGGACGAGCAGCAUAUGUCUGUUGGGGAUGAUGGGAGCUGGUAAAAGGCUAAUUUUGGACAAAGCAGAGUCAGCAAAGUCACUAGGGAGCAUCUAUGACAGUAAUGUGGCCCAAGGCCCACUGUUCAAAACUAUUUGCCAUCAGAACAGUAGUAUAGGCCCUGAAAUAUGUAUUCGGUGUUGAAGGUCCUGAAGUGCAUUUUCAGCAUAUGUCAGGUGCUAUACAAUAAUCAUUAGAUGCACCUUUGUGGGGAGGGAUUUCUGUCAUUUUGGAGAAGCUUUUCCCGCAGUCUGCCAUUCCCUGUGCUGCUCAGGAUAAUCAAACUUGCUAGAAUGCUGCUAUUACUAACAUUGUGAGGAGGGCUUGUAGGGAAAGAGACAUGGUAUCUGAACAGGGCUUCUAGUAUAUUUGCAAAAAGGCCAGUGUGACAUCAAGGGGGGGGGGUAAUCCCUAGUUCCAGGAAGGCAUCAUGGAGAAUAAGGCUGUUAGCUGCAAGCCAUGACUCUGCUACCCCAACUAUAUGGAUAUGAGCCUCUUGAAUUGGGCCUAGAAGCAAACAGGCAACCAGUGCUGUUUUUAAAAAGGCUCAUUGUUGUGGGAGCCUGUCACACAUUGUCUGUCGGUGGAGCCCAGUCCCUGACCUACUGCCUGUAAACUGCUUCCUCAGCUAAAGCCUUUAAGCUGCUUUCCCCAAAGCUCUGGUUCUAAAGUGUGUCAGGCAGGCCCAUGAGAUCCUUUCUAGGCCUUGGUGGCAGCUGCCAGUCUGAACAGCAGCUUUGUGUCUGUGGUGAGAUUUUAGUGUAAGUGCAGGAACAUGCAGAAAUACUGUUUAAGGAAAGACCACUGAAGUAUUUCCGCUUUGCCUGGCCUGUAAAUUGAUCUCUCCUGGUUCUAAGCUACUGUACUGGAAUGUGAACUAAUGAGUGAUCUAAAUACAGUUCUGUAUCAUGGGCUCGAUACAGACCUGGGCUGAGUACUCUCCUUCCUUCUGGUGGAUUGUAGCCUGAAGCUGCAGUUCUGAGAAUAAGCUUCAUUGUAAACUAAUUUUGUAGUUCGCCUUUAAAAUAGAAUGUCCAUUAUUCAUUCACACACUUCAGUGCAUUAAAGUAUUCAUUGCAUUAAAUUUAUUCUGUUGUUUUUCAGACCUCAUUUGCAGCAUUUUAGUGAAACAAAAUGCUGUUGCAGUUCUAGGCUGUUGAAUGCAGAAACUCAAACUUCUCGGUUUUAGGAUUAGUGUCUUUUACUGACAGAUUUCUCCUUGCAAGUCAUUUUAAUAUUUUCCGUUCCAGUGACUAGGGGAUUAGUUAUAAUUUGCCCCUUAACAAGUUUCCUUUCCUCAGCACCCCCUUUUUCCCUUUUAUAGCAAAAUGGCUCUUAUUCUGCAAUUAAGAAAAAAUAAUAAUGAAAGGGAAUCUGUAAGAUUACACCUUGCCCCAAGCAGCAAUUUAUUGCUGUUAUUGCAGCUAUUCUCAUCAGGGAGCAAUAAAAUAGGAAACUCAACAUUGCUGGAGACUUUGCUGAAUAGGACUUCAGUGAGCAAACAUAAGAGGAUCUUGGCUGUGGAGACUUGCUUGAUAAUAGAGCUAUUUUAAGUGCUGUCUAGAGCCUCCCUUUUUAAUCCAACUUGCUAUGAAAAAGCACUGCCUUGACCACGCUGGAAGAGAGCAGUUGUGAUGGAUUGCAUGGGAUACACUUCGUGAAAACAGCAAUACGGGCACCUGCGUGUUAAAAACUGAAUGACUCUUAUCAGUAGCUGGGAAAUGCAUUAAAAAUCUGACUGUCUUGACCUGUAGCUGUGUCAGAGUGUUAAGUCCCCUCUGCUCUGAAAUCACUUGGUAGUCUUAGGAAAGACCCUCUAGCCUUAGCCUUUCAUCUGCUAUAUAGAGGUAGUGUUACUUGCCUACCUUACAGGGUUGCUUAUAAGGAUUAUAAGUUAAUCGAUAUGAAACACUUAGAACACACAAAAGCAGCAGAUAAGUUCUACAUGUGAUAUUAUAGAGACCACUGUUGCUUGGCAAAUCUCUCCAGAUAGGGAAUUCCAUACAUUUGAAGAGGCAGUCUUGAUCAGCUCAGUUGCUCUCAUUCACAAAAGGUAGAUCACUGGACAAGGCCUCUUCCACUGAUUUUAAGCGAAGGAAACAGUUUUGCUUGCUUGUCUGUGUAUAAAGAGCUUCUGGGAACAGCAUUUUUAAAAAACCAGAAGAAAGAUUCAGCUCAGAGAAUUUGUUGCCCAAAGGAUCUCCACUGGCAAGUCUUUCCAUAGAGUGGGUGCCACUCAAGCAAUAAACCUGCUCCUUGUGGCUGCCCACCAUUCUUCAUGGUGUUGUGUAGUGUUUCAGAUGUGGAAACGAAUGGACGGGAGUCCCAGGUCAUUCAGGGCUUAACACCAGCAUCUUGAAUUGACCCUGGAAACUAGGAACUGGUGUAGAUGAAAAAAACGAGGCCUAGCACUUUCCAGGUAAAAAAAAAACCCAUCCACUUUGAUAUGCUACUUUAGUUCCCACAUUUCUCUCCUUCCACACUUGGUGGCCAUUCACACGUUGGAGUCCAGCGACCAGCAGGAAGGAUUGCCAGGAGCUGUGAUCCAACCACAUGUGCCGGGACAAAGGUUUCCCAGUGCAGCCCUUCAGCUUCCUUUGGGAAAGUUGCCAGCGGAUUGUUUUUUGCAGCUUGAUCUGAACCACAUUUAGCAAGAACACCUUAUUGCAUUUAGUGGAGGUUAUUUUUUUAGUUAAGUUUGCAUAGGUUUGCAGUCUUUAUUAUUUACUUGUGGAUUUAUAUCCUGCCAUUUAACAAAAAUUCAAGCAAUGAAACGGGUUGCUAAAAGGAGCAGCAAAAUCAGUGAACCUGCUAAGACUAUACACUCCUUUGGAAGAGGCACUGAAUGGAACAGGCAGGCAUAGCGUGUCACCCUAAGUAUUUUGUCCCCUUUCCCCAAGGUAUUACUGCCUGAGUGCUCUUGUAAAACACUAAUCUUGUUCUGCCCACUGAAAGUAGUUCACAGGUCAUGUCAAAGAGGCAAUGCAUAUUGCUGGACACUGCACUGCCCCCUGGUGCUUAAAGAAAUAAAAGUGUACAAAAAGAUUUGAGCCUGACUAGUGACACAACAGGAGAAGCGGAGCGCAGAGACUGACAAUGAUUUCCUAAACCUGAGAUCUGGUGGGCAGCCCCACAGUGGGGUCAGAGAAGUGGGUGAAAACUUCCCAGCUGAAAUUCCACAAAAAAUCCACAAUACCACAAAUGUUCUGGGUUCCUCCCCCCAUGUAUUUUGCACUACACCUUGUCCAGACAGCAAUAAUGUAUCGGGGAAGUGUCACAGAACUAAUACAGCAGAAUAAAUUAUCACCAAUGCC